CUGGCUGGCAAUAUUUUGAUUCGGAGCUCGCAAAGAUGCGUAUUUUCUACGGAUUUCUGGCGUUCCUGGUGGCCACCAAUUCCCGCGCCCUGGCCAUCCAGGCGCGCAGCGACAAGGAGCAGCCGCAGACGGUGGUUUCCGGCACGGCGGUGCAAUCGGUGGUGCCCGUGCAGGCGCAACUUGGCUCCGGCCUGGGAGCCUCCUCCUCCUCGUCGUCAUCGGGGUCCUCCUCCUCCGCCGGCGGAUCCGGGAACUCCGCCUUUCAUCCACUGGGGCCGUAUGUGAACUGCUCCUUCCUGCCGCGCGACUUCCUCGAGUGCAAGGAGCCCGUGGACCGCCAGGAGAAUGCGACGGCGAAGAACGGCCGGCCGAUCGGUUGCUCCAAGUGGGGCGGAUCCACCUACGAGGACGUGGAGCACACCGAGGUGUCGUGCACCGUGUUCUCGGACAUCGAGUGCUUCGGCAACCGCACCUUCCUGCGCGCCGGGGUGCCCUGCAUCCGGUACACGGACCACUACUUCGUCACCACCCUCAUCUACAGCAUGCUCCUCGGCUUCCUCGGGAUGGACCGCUUCUGCCUCGGCCAGACGGGCACCGCCGUCGGCAAGCUGCUGACCAUGGGCGGCGUGGGCGUCUGGUGGAUCAUCGACGUCAUCCUGCUGAUCACCAACAAUCUGCUGCCCGAGGACGGCAGCAACUGGAAUCCCUACGUGUGAUAUGCCUCUGUGUGUUAGCCCUAAGUAGUUCUAAGAUCGGUUAGUAAACAAAAGCCAAAUUCUGGGUACUCGAA